CAAACAUACAGAGAACCUGGCUUCGGAGCAAUCUACGGUAACACUCUUGCCACUCUCGAUUUCAAGAAGAAGAGCCACCUCAGUAAUGAGGCGCACCUCACACCUGCCGGUGCAAAGACAAUCUACAGCGUCGACGAGCCCUACAUCUAUAAUCCUUAUCCGGAAUACAAUGGAAAGUCUUGGCGCUCAAAGCACGCCGAAGUCAUCACGUGUGACGGCCCAAACGGCAGGCCGAUUGAUGACGUCCAGGUCUUUCGUGGCCAUCCACACAACUUUCCGGAGCCUGGAUUUGGUAGCUACGAGGCUCUUGGUCUGGAUGGUAACCUGUGCUUCGAGCGCGAAACUCGUCUGGGCAUGUACGGACUUUCUUCGAACGCGACCACCGACGAGGAGAUUGAGGAAGAAGCAGCCAAAUGGGACAAGAUCAACUGGGGCGACCUGCAGGAAGCAUGCGUCAUGAAGAACAAGGCACGCUUCGAUCUCAAAGGCGAGAAGAACCCUUACGUUCGUUCGGACAACCGUAAGCGGCACAUGACCAGUGACGGCGGGGCCGAGUCGAGUUCUCUGGACAAGUUCAGUUUCAGACGACCCCACCUUGACAGUCUUUCAAAGAAACCGACCAAGAGGAAUCAGCUGCACGCUCGUAGGAGUGCCGGUUCCUCUGACGAAGCGGAUGCCGGCCAGUCCGAGUCUUCUUCGAACAUUCAGAAGGAAGAGAGAACCGCCCUACUUCUCCGGAGCUACACUGGCAAGAAGUACAGCGAGAACGACAAGCAGGUCAUUCGGUCGCUCAUCUCGGAGCUUUCCCUCCGCACCGGCGGACGAUAUCAUGUGUAUUUGUUUGUCCACGUCAAGGACACUGCUUACGCCAUCUGGGACGAUGCGACUACGUAUCAGUACGUUCUGCAGGAAAGCGUACCCAAAGAGUUUCGUGACAUGACGAUUCUUUGGAACGACGAGGCGACACAAGCCAUGUAUACCGCCCUUGACCCGAAGCAGGCGACUGUGCACGUGUCCCAGUGGCUGUCUGUCCAAAAGUUUGCCCAGGAGUUCCCCGAGUACGACUACAUCUGGAACUGGGAGAUGGACGCAAGGAUCACUGGGCACAACUACGACAUCAUCGAGAAGCUCGCAGCUUUUGCAAAGAAGCAGCCGCGCCGCGGCCUGUGGGAGCGAAACGAGCGCUUCUACAUCCCUGCGGUCCACGGCAAAUAUGAUACAGACUUUCGAAAGGAGGUUGAGCAGAGGUCCAAGGGCAUCAGUCAAUGGGGUGCUCCGGACUUGCCCUUUAUGAAGCCUGUAGGCCCUCACCCACCAACAGCACGACCGGAAGACGACGAUUACGAAUGGGGCGUCGGUGAGGAGGCAGAUCUCAUCACCCUGUCACCUAUCUUCAAUCCGAAACAAAGCGGCUGGGUCGCAGUGGACGAGCUCUGGGGAUACAACGAUACCUCGCACGCGACAAAGGACUUGCCGCGACGCGCUACGAUCAUCACACAUUCGCGGUUGUCCAAGCGGCUGCUCGACAUCAUGCACGUCGAGAACAUGCGGGGAAAUCACAUUUCAUCAGAGAUGGCGACACAAACCACCGCGUUUCUCCACGGCCUCAAGGCUGUCUACGCGCCCAUUCCCGUGUGGUUCGAUCGUGCCUGGACCGGCAAGGACCUCGCGAGGUGGUUCAACCCCGGACCGAAUGGCACUGCAGGGGGCCACGGGUGCGCAAUGGCUUGGGGCCAGGAGGGUAGAUACGCCGGGAGCACAUGGUACUUCCGUGCGGACCCGCCCCAGAGAAUGUACCUGAACUGGAUGGGCUGGGAAGAUACAGGCAUUGGGGGUCCGGAGUGGGAGGAAGAGUACGGCCGGCCAUGCCUGCCGCCCAUGAUCUUCCACCCCGUCAAGGACAUUGAGCCGACAGAACCUGGGUACCAGAGCGAGUCGAAGCUCCCAUACGAGUGA